AGUCCGAUAUCUACUACUGAAUCUAUCAAGAGCUUAAGACACUAGCAAGUGUGAAGCUGUGACGUAAAGUCAGUUACAGCCAUGGCACCAUCCAGCCCAAACGAGCCUCUUCAGGCCCGUAUCUUGAACCUCGCCCAGAGCCUCCAGUUUGGCUGGUUCGUUGGACAUGCUAUCCUUCUCCUGAGUGUCCUCCGAUACGGAUUUUCGUACCUUACCUUCAACUCCGCCUCCCGAUGGGCACGAUUCAGCUACCGCACCGCUUUCCUGAGCGCAGUUGCAACAUACGUGAUUGUGGUGUACAAGUCAGCAAAAGCAAAGGCGAAGCGAGAGGCGCAAAACAAGGGGUCGAUCCAGCCCCUCUCUUUCGCAUUCGAUGAGAAUGUGCAUUAUCUAGUCUGGGCCGUCGUGCUACUCUUCACUCGCCAGGUCCCCCUUGCCCUGCUCCCCUUCGCGAUCUACUCCACCUUCCACGUCGCAACGUACACGCGCUCGCAACUCCUCCCAGUUGUGUUCCCUAGCAAAGCGCCCACACCGGCGGCCUCGGGUGCAGCGCCGCGUUCCGAGCCUCCGGGAUACAGCGCCCUCGGAAAUUUCAUCAAGGCCUACUACGAUCCCUCCAUGGCGACCGUGGCCUUGCUCGAGAUCGCCCUCAUCUUCCGUCUCGCCUUCUCCGCACUCCUGUUCGUGCGGCUCUCCUGGGUGACCUUGAUCGUCUACCUCCUGUUCUUCCGAAUGCGCUACUCCCAGAGCCAAUACAUUCGCGAGGGGUUGGCCCACAUCGGCGCCCGAGUCGACGCGCUGGUUGCGAACCAAGGCACCCCGCCCGUCGCGAGGCAGGUGUGGGAACAGACACGAGGAGUCUUAGCCAAGGUCGUGGACGUCACGGAUGUUCGGCGAUAUGUAUCCGGGCCACAGGCGCCGAAGAAAGAGAAAUGAGCGGAGCAAUAGCCAGGCGUGGAGUCGAGAGUUGUGGAAGUUCGGUGACGAGGGAGCGCAAUCUUUGCAAUUACUCCGACUGGCCAAUUGCCGCCAAAGCCUCAAACCAUGCCUCGACUCUCAUCUGGACCGUCUGGCGUGGUCUCUGUGACCAGGCAGUAGAAUUGCAAGGGUGGAGACCAAAGGAA